AUGAAGCUUAUUAUUUGUUAUCUUGAAUUUGCCCUUUCGCUGUCAGAGAAACCUAUCAGCUGGCCAGCACUGGAGUUCAGAUACAACUUCAACUGCGAUAGCGCAGCUGAAGGCGUCGUCUGCGUCACCAAUUGCAACGAUGUUUUCGACCAGUGCGUCGACGGAUUGGACACCAUAGAGAACACUGAUGAGAUUUUCGAGUGUUAUUAUGCGAACUUAGACUGCAUCGAUCACUGUCCUUGCUACGACUUUUGCUUUGACGGAUGCUCGCAAUGCCCUGAGCACGAAUUCUGUCCAGCUGCCUGCGACGAUGAAGAAGCGAAAACUUGCCACAGCUCUUGCGUUAAUUCUAUGGCCAAUUGCUUGGACGGCUGCAAAGAACCGCGGCUGGACUGUCACUACAAAUGCAACAUCGAAAACUUUGUCUGUACGAAAGAUUGUCCGUGCAUGAAUUGA